AAUGUUUGGUAAUUAACACUGAUGCUUCUCAGCUGGGCACUCAAAUCCCCUUACUUAACACACUCAGCAAACAUUCUACACACAGUGAGUUUCCGAAAUCUUAUAUUUCAGCAGGUGUGCAUAUUUUUUUUUUAUUUUAAAAUCAUUUUUUUGGCACUGUUUCCUGUGUGUAACUGUGAAUAUGAUGUCUGUUCAACAAAAGUUAUGGUUUAAGAGUUUUACACUGAUAAGAAAGAGGAAAAUCGUUCAACUUAAUUAAUGAACAAACUCAGCAAUGGAAGGAAGCAAACCUCCCGUAAAAGACCAGAGUGAGGAUGCAGAGGAAAAAGCUAAAAAUCAAGUAACAUCACAAAAGAAUCAUUCUGCAAAUGCAACCCACAGAAAUCCACAGCCCACUCAUGGUGCCUCUUCCUCCUCCGCAGAGGCGGAAAAUAGUCAGCACUUUAGCGGUGCAUUAUCCGUCAAACCCUCCGAGGCACGUGCACAUAACCUGACCACAACCACCAUUUCUCCAUCAGCAUCCUUUGCCAACAACUCUCUGUGCUCUAGUCCUACAUAUAUGCCACUUGCUUUAGCUGCUGGAUCUCUCUCCUCAGGUGCAAAUAGUCUAACAGAUUUUGAAAAACAGGUGAUUAAUGCCACUAGCGGGUCAGUAGGACAUGGUAAUGCACCAUACAAUUGGCAGUCCACGAAAACAUCCAUAAAAGAGCGCCUGCACUACUUAUAUAACACAGAAAUUAUGUGUGACAUCCACUUUCUAGUCGGGACCUUGCCCAAUCAGCAAAAGAUUCCAGCCCACAAGUUCAUUUUGUCAGUUGGAAGUGCUGUUUUCGAUGCCCAGUUUAAUGGACCAAUGGCCACCUCAGAGGAAGUGAUUGAAAUCCCUGAUGUGGAACCAGAAGCUUUUUUGGCUCUGCUCAAAUUUCUUUAUUCUGACGAGGUUACGAUUUGCUCAGACACCGUUAUGACGACUCUGUACACAGCAAAGAAAUACGCAGUGCCUGCUUUGGAGAGAGCAUGUGUAGAGUUCCUAAAACGCAAUUUAAGUAGUGAUAAUGCAUUCAUGUUGUUAACCCAGGCUCGGCUUUUCGAUGAGCCCCAACUGGCUUCACUGUGCUUGGAGACCAUCGAUAAGAACACCUCUGAAGCAAUCAUGGCUGAUGGUUUUACAGACAUUGACAAUGACACUCUCUGUGUAGUGUUAGAACGAGACACGCUUGGCAUCAGGGAAUGCAAACUCUUUGCAGCAGUUUGCCGAUGGUCAGAGGCGGAGUGCGCCAGGAGAAACUUGGCUCAGUCAAGCGAACACCAGCGGAGUGUUCUUGGAAGAGCUCUGUCCCUGAUUCGUUUUCCGCUGAUGAAUGUGGAAGAGUUUGCUCAAGGUGCCGCGCAAAGUGGACUGCUGCAAGAUCGAGAGGUGGUGCAGCUCUUUUUGUACUUCACCGUCAACCCCAAACCCCAGAUCAGCUUUCUUGACGUGCCUCGCUGUUGUCUUACGGGCAAGGAACAAGUGGUGUCUCGCUUCUGUCAGAUUGAGAGCCGAUGGGGAUAUAGUGGUACCAGUGACAGAAUAAGGUUCAUGGUGAACAGGAGGAUUUUCGUGGUUGGUUUCGGACUUUAUGGAAGUAUCCACGGACCAACUGAAUACCAAGUCAACAUUCAGGUCAUUCAGUCGGAUUCGUUGAAGGUGAUGGGUCAGAAUGACACGACCUUCCUGUGUGACGGGACAAACAACACCUUCAGAGUGAUGUUCAAGGAACCCGUGGAAAUACUGCCCAACAUCAGCUACACAGCUUGUGCUACUCUCAAAGGUCCAGAUUCUUACUAUGGAGCCAAAGGACUGCGGAAGGUCACCCACGAAUCUGUGUCAGGCGGAAAGGUUACGUUUCAGUUUACCUAUGCCUCCGGCAACAACAAUGGAACCUCUGUGGAAGACGGACAAAUCCCAGAGAUCAUUUUCUACACAUAGAAUCAUAUCAAGUGGACGAGACUGAAGUUGCGUAAUUGUGAUCGUAAUGUGCGACAAUUCAGAAGAGCUAUGAUGACAAUUGACAUCAAACUGAGCAUGUGAUGAAGAAAGUGUGUAUUUAUUAUUGUGCUUUGAAUUGUGAUAUGUAAUUGUACUAACAAUGGACUGGUGUAUUCUUAAUGUUGCUAUUGAUAGCAUAUAUGUGUUGAAAACUGAUAUUUUCAAUCAAUCCUUUGUAUUUUUGUUAUUACAAGAUCUGCAAUUUGAUAUCUCUCAGGCGAAAAAGUAUUUCUCCUCUUUUUCUAAAAUUGUUAUACAUGUACAUACCGGUAUGUUCAUACAUGUAUAUGUGGAAAAAAAAAAUCAGGUUAAGCUUGAACUAUUUUUGGAAAACAGGUACCCUACAUACAUCAGAUUUUGGAUACUUCAACCAGUUGCUUUAAAGCUGAUACUUAGUUAAGACUUCUUCUGUUUCCACUGGUAGAUCUGAUCUUGAAUUUUGCACAGCUUUACAAGUCAUUGCUAUGUAUACAAUACAUUGUAUGUGCAAUUUCGGAUAGUUUAAAUAACAAAUAAUUUCCUCCAGAGUGAUAUUCUGUAGAUAACAACUUCUCUUGACAGACUUGUUAUAAGGAAGAAAAUGUACAUACAAUAUUUUCAUAGUGCAUGUAUUUUUUUUUUAUUUUCAUUAAUAUUAAUUCUAUACAUGUACGUUUACAUGUAGCUGAGAGAAGCUUGAUACAUCUAGUGAAGACGGAAUUGAAAGUACAUUGCGCUAAUAUUUACAUCAGCAUUUUUAGGGAUCACUACACAACAUCAAGGUCUUGCACUUACAGUUUUCUGUUAAGGGUACUGGAUGGUCAACAAAAGAACCACCAGAUCAGCUGCUUUAAAAUUUUAAUAGGAUAUUUUAUAGCUAUGAAUUAUAAUAAAGCAAAGGAAAAAUCCAAAUAUUUUAGCUUUAAACAUUUUUUUGAACAUUUUUCUUUAUCUUCAUCCAGGGCUUUUUAUUUAAAGAACCGAUAGACCAAUCUGCUAUUAUACAUACUGUAAAUUCCUAAUUUAACGCGAGGAAUUAAUAUCUGCGUAAAAUCGGGGAAAACACAUCUCACAAUUUUGAAAUCUCACUUUUAUUUUCCACACAUAUGUAAUGAACAAGAAACUAUGGUAAAAAUUAGGCAUUCGCGAAUUUAUGUUCUCGCGAUUUGAUGGAAAACGGUUGAAUCGCGGAAUUAAAUACUCACGAAAAGUAAGGAAUCUACAGUGUAUGCUUAAUUUCAUUGAGCUACAUGUCUGAAGUUUGACGUAAAUUCUAAACACUGGGUGGACUUCAAAAUGCACCAUUGUGAAAAUGUUCAGACUCAAUGUGAUCAUACGCAUGUUCCAGCAUGUCAUUUAUGUGAUUUAGAUUAACCCUUGUGAUAUUUCAUGUUAAUCUAUCGUCCUUUGCCUAUACAUAUUUAAUAUAAUGAUUUAUUUUUUGUUGAACACCCCCAUGCCUUAGUGAAAGAAUUGAUGUUAUAAACAUGGCUUCUAUUAUUAGGCUUGUUGUAAAUUGUUAUCUUGCCAUUUAUGACUUUUUACUCUAAGAAUAACACACAGAGGUAAUCCAAACUUAUUGACAUUUUUUUUUUAAUUUUCAUAGUUUGAAAUUUUUCAUAGUUUGAAAAUUAGUUGAGAAUUAAGUUUUUUUUUGUUUUGAAUUACCAGGAUUUUUAAUACUGAAUGAUAAUAAAAUUGCAUACAUUUUUUUGUACAUGUAUUAAUGGUAAUUUCAUUGUACUUUAUAAUCUUUACAGAUCCAGUGCAUGCUUUAAGUUGAUUAAAUGUACAUGUAUACAAAUUUGUCAUGAAUUUCUAAUAAAGCUGUAUCAAAAUGAA